AGUCCUGUGUGACUUGCAAAAUCCACUCAGAAAAAGCUUCGAACAUGGCACCCCCAAGUUGCUCUAGUCUCUGCGUUUCUCAUCCUUCGAAUUCUCUCUCCUGUCGCAGCAUUAAGCACAAACUACUAUGACCGCACUUGCCCACAGCUCGAGGCUACGGUCACAGCUGCUGUCGAGAAGGCCGUGACGAAUGACAAAACUGUUCCAGCUGCGCUCUUGAGGAUGCACUUCCACGACUGCUUCAUUAGGGGGUGUGAUGGUUCUGUGCUGCUGAACUCGACCGGAGGCAACACGGCGGAGAAAGAUGGACCUCCCAACAUUUCGCUGCAUGCGUUCUACGUGAUCGACAAUGCGAAGAAGGCAGUGGAAGCACUGUGCCCUGGUGUCGUCUCCUGUGCGGACAUCUUGGCUCUCGCCGCUCGCGAUGCUGUCUCUCUGUCCGGAGGACCCGCCUGGAAUGUGCCAAAAGGGAGGCUAGAUGGAAGAACAUCAAAGGCAAGUGACACCAGGCAAUUACCAGCUCCCACCUUCAACAUCUCUCAACUCCAACAAAGCUUCUCCCAGAGGGGCCUUUCCAUGGAAGAUUUAGUGGCUCUAUCCGGAGGACACACGCUGGGAUUUGCCCACUGCUCGUCAUUCCAAAACAGGAUCCACAACUUCAGCCCCGCCACCGACGUCGACCCAUCGCUGAGCCCGUCCUUCGCGGCGAACCUACGCAAUUUGUGUCUGGUGCGCAACACGGCGAAGAAUGCGGGAUCGACAAUGGACUCGACCUCCACCACCUUCGACAACGUCUACUUCAAGAUGCUCCUGCAGGGCCAGGGCAUCUUCUCUUCGGAUCAAGCCCUGCUCACGACCCCGCAGACCAAGGCCCUGGUCUCCAAGUUCGCGAGCUCGCAGGAGGAGUUCAAUAAGGCCUUCAUCAAGUCCAUGAUCAAGAUGAGCAGCUUGACCGGUGGCCAAGAGAUUAGGCUCGACUGUAAGGUGGCUCGUUAGAUAUGUAUUCCUUGAACUUACAGUGGUUUUGAGAUCGAGAGAGAGAUUCAUUCAUAAGAAAGAAAGUAGAUUUUUAGUGGGAGAAAAUAAGGUAGGGUUUAUUAAUGUGUGUCAAUGUGUGAUUAAUUUGGAUUAGACUCUUACUCGUGUCUUACACCAUUGAAUUGAAUGGUGACCAACAGAAAUGGAGGUAACAAGAAUGUUGUUUAAAUAAUUUAUUAUAGAUUGGUUGUUGAGAUUAAAAUGUAAUUCGUAGAUUUUCGCAUUUAUAUUUAUGGAGGGUGUU